UGUGAUGUGGAAAGGGGUGUUUAUGCUAGUUCCAGAUCUUCUGGCAAUUCUCUGGCCUAUUCUGAGGCUACUCACCGAGCACUCCUUGCCCUCCGAUGUGCCAAGUACAAUCGGCCUUUCAACUUUGUAAGGGAUAAGUACUAUUCCCUUGAAGUUGAAAUGCUCCGCCCAGGCACCACUCUUCCCUCUCCUGAUACUGUCUCUGGGGAUAUCAAGUCUCUUUAUCAAGGCCUAUCCAUUCAAGUCCGGAAUUAUUUCAAGGUA